GUGCUGGAACAAGAUGUGGUUCUCCAGUCUAUUGAUCGCGCCAUUGAGGCUGUGCACAAUGCGGCCAUGAAGAAUGGGGGAAAGUACAACCUGGAGCAGAGAGAUGUCCUUCAAAAGCUGAUUCAUCACCGGAAGGAGACAGUGUCCCGCAAAGGUCACUCUCCCACCCCGCAGGGAAUGGUUAUGACGCAGUCGUCCAGUGAUCACCAUCUGGAUGUGGCACGGCAGCCCAAUGGGGUGUGCCGGACGGGGUACGAGCGACAUCACAGUCUUCCAAACACUGAGUUUGAGGAGGAGGAUGAAGGUCUCUAUCAGAUCCCACCACAGCCCCGGCGUGCUGCUCCUAUCACACCUCCACCUCCAGAGAAACGCAAGAACGCACAGAUUGCUGCUCCCGUUAAAAACACUAUUGAAAUCAUCCCUGGGUCAGCUUCUAGCGCCUCCUCUAUAAGCACGACAUCCCUGGAUACCUUGUACACGGCUUCUUCUGCGUCAGAGACUGCUCUCCCGACAGCCACCUCCAGUCCUGCCAACACCCCACCCCCUGUCCCAAGCCGGAGUGUCCACACCACCAUAACGCGUAAUUUGGACGCCGGCUCUGUGGCCCACUCCCGCUACGGGACUUCCCCAAAGGAUGGGGCCAGCAAAUCUCCCCAGACCAAGAGGGCUGCCCCGGCACCACCGGCUGAAGGGGGGACCCAGAGGUCCCACACUGUGGAUGUGGAGAAGACUUCUCAGGUGAAGAAAGCUGCCCCGGCCCCCCCUGCCAGCCUGGAUGCCUUCAACUCCCUCUGCCUGGAGGAUAAGAAGGUGGCUGCCGUGGAGCCGGCGCCAGCAGAACCCAGUGGCCUGGUGGCAUCCGUGCCCAAGACCAUAGGCGCUGAACUGAUCGAGCUGGUGCGCAGGAACACCCACCUCAGCUACGAGCUGUCCCGUGUGGCCAUCGGUGUGGUCAUCGGCCACAUCCAGACCUCUGUCCCAGCAACCAGCAGCAUCAUGGAGCAGAUUCUCAUCUCUGUGGUGGAGAGUAAGAAUCUGAGUGCGGGGCUGCCCUCGGGGCAGAUCUGCCACGAUGAGCAGCGGCUGGAGGUGAUCUUUGCAGAUUUGGCCAGGCACAAGGAUGAUGCUCAGCAGCGCAGCUGGGCGCUCUACGAGGAUGAGAACGUCAUCUGCUGCUACCUGGAGGAGCUCCUUCGCAUCCUGACAGAUGCAGACCCAGAAGUUUGCAAGAAAAUGUGCAAGAAGAACGAGUUUGAAUCAGUCCUGUCCCUUGUGGCAUAUUAUCAGAUGGAACACAGGGUGCCGUUACGGCUGCUGCUGUUGAAGUGCUUUGGAGCCAUGUGCAACUUGGAUGCUGCGGUCAUCUCAACGCUUGUAAACUCUGUGCUGCCAAUGGAGCUGGCCCGGGACAUGCAGACUCACACACAAGAUCAUCAAAAGAUGUGCUAUUCUGCACUGGUGCUCGCAAUGAUGUUCUCCAUGGGGGAGCCCCUGCCAUAUCAUCACUAUGAACAUCUCAACUCUCAGUUUGUGCAGUUCCUGCUGGAUGUGAUUGAGGACGGGCUGCCCUCGGACACCACCGACCAGCUGCCUGAUUUAUUUGUCAAUGUCCUUCUGGCCUUCAAUCUCCACAUUCCAGUUCCAGAACACAGUGUGAUCAUGACUACAAUAAGCAAGCACUCGAAUGUCAAGACUUUCACAGAAAAGCUGCUGCUGCUGCUGAACAGGGGAG